GUUCUUGAGCACACACCGAGUCAUCAUCCCCUGCCAGAUAGAUGCCGUCGCCGCUUCGUCAGAUCUCGGCAGCGUUUUCACUGUCUCCCGUGAACGAAGCAUCGACUCUGUUGCCAAAGUCCCAUGCCGGCCAUGUCUUGGACGUCCAUGGAACAGCGUUCUCGACCUUCACCGGGACGUUGUGCGCCAUGGUCGGGGCUGGCAUCUUGACCUAUCCAAGCACAGUGGCUUCCGUGCCGAUCCUGCUAUGGGUGGCCCUCCUCGUUGUCACAGUGGUGUUGGCGCAUGCGGCGCUCACAUGUUUGACUGUUGCGUGCGACGUCACGGGCGAGUACUCUUACGAAGGGCUCGUCCAAGUGCUGUGCGGCGGUUGGAUGGCUGCCGUGCUGCGCGGCUUGACAUUGUUGACGUUGUUCGGGGCGACUGUGCUCUUCAUGGUGCUGGCAGUCGACCUGCUGACUCCGCUGAAGGCCCUUGCUAUCGUGGGGCCAUCGACAAUUGCAUCGGUCUUUGCCCUCGCCUCGAUUCCGCUGUGCUUGGCGAAAACACUGCAUGCGCUUCGAUACACCAACGCAGUCGUCGUCUUUGCAGCGUUUUACAUUGCCGGAGUCCUCGCUUGGUAUGUCGUCCAGCGGUGGCUAACAGCGCGGACGGCUAGCUCCACUUCCACGACAGUCGUCCUUCUUCCUCGAUCGAAAAACAACACGUGGGUGAGUUGGGCCACAUUCGAUGGUGUCGCGUACACAGUUCCGCUCCUCAUGCUCGGCUUCUCAUGUCCGUUCAAUUUCGUGCGGUCCUACGGCGAGCUCGUCGACAAAUCAAGCAUCGGCCGCAUUCAGCACUCGCUGCUCUUUACAGGAUUUGCGCUCUACAUGGUCGCGUCGCUCGCUGGGUUCUCGUAUUUUGACGGCGCGCCCCCGCAAGAUAUCGUCAUGGGGCUCCACGACGACUGGAACGUCACCGGCAUUCGAAUCGCGCUGUCGAUGUGUAUGUUGUUCAAAGUUCCGAUGACGUACCAACCUUUCUUUGAGACACUCCAACUCACGAUUCCAGCUCUCUUGGCAGCGCCACGCAUGCGGCUCAUCGUGGCACUGGUGUAUGUGUUUUCGGCGUGGGUGAUCGCGUUGACGGCUCCGACACUGAGCAACUUGUUUCGAGCGAUGGGCACACUCGGCGGCAUCGGGCUCUCGUACCUGGUCCCAGGCUUUUUUCUAUGGAGUGUGACGCAGCGGUCGCUCUGGCUUCCCCACCGACAGUACUAUCAAGCCAUGGCUUGCAUGACGAUGGGGGCAGCGGGGCUGCUCUUGGUCUGGUGUACGCUUCCUCUCUCGUUUGGUCGGUCCGUGGACUUUGACGGCUCAAUGUAAUGCGAAUAUGGAUUAUCCAGGCACAGAUCGCCCAGCGCAGUUUGAAUUUGUUGUGAUAACCAGCGCAUCUCUGCGCGAUCAAGGGCACGUUUUAUCGACGCCAAGAUGGUCGGGGCUUGAUUUCGUCGCUUGAUUCCAUGGGGCGGGGUGUCGAGAUGUAUAUACUCAUGGCGUUGCGAUGUAACGCUGGCUGGCGUCAUGGACCGAGUGCUCCUAGGUUGCGUCCUCCUUGGUUAGGCUGACGUUGAGCGAGCAGAGCCUCGAAAAAUAGCUUCAUCAUUGUGGCAGUAUUGCGCCGAUACAUCCCAUUCACAGGGCACUCCACUGAGCGAUUCAACUCAUG